AUGCCAGUGAAAGCCAUUCCAAAGUUAUCCAUAGCUCGUAAUGGGGUAGGUGCAUACGUGCAACCAUGCAGCAAAGUCGUGUUACAAUACUGCAACUGGGGAGGUUCUUCGAAUGGGCUUCGUCAACUUUUAACACUGGGCAAAUUGAACCAUUUGGCAAAGGAAAAGCCACAUACAGUUUUUGAAAUCAAGAGAAACCCAGGCCACCCAAAGUUAGUUUUCCAUUACAAUAACGCAAAACAAACCGUGAGUGAAAUCGAAGUUAAAAAUUUGAAUGAGGGACAAAUCUUGAAUAAGAUCUCAGAGUAUAUACAACGUUCGGGCAAUGAGUUGUUCAAAAACAACCACAAAGUUGUAUCGCAAAACGAAUCGGUAAGAGGUAUUUGGUCGCCUUUGCAUGUGCCGAAGGACCACAGGUAUAAGAUAUAA